AUGAAUGAGUCGAGGCAACUUCUUGAGUUAUGUUUCACUGAAACAUUAAAUCCUGUUGUCAUUACUGAAGAUUUAUAUGACGACAUUUACAAAAUUCCAUGGGAAACAAUUAAUCCGCCUACAAUAAUUAUCAAUCAAUAUUUUAAACCCAAACAAAUCCAAGUGCACAAUCCAUCACAUCCGACGUACAUCCUGUCGGUUAGUAACUCAAUUGAAAAUUUGAGAACACUUCUCAUGAAAUUAAAAUCUACAAGUGUCUGGAGCAUUGAAUCAUUGUUUUUUAUUAUCGGGAACUCUUGUGAUAAUGUUAGCGAAACAUUCAAAAUAUUGUGGAAAAUGGAUUUGUUGACAUCAUUCUUCUUAUGCCAUGAAUCAAAUAAUAGUACUCUAAUAAUUUAUAAUUACAACCCAUUCACGAGUUUCGCACCACAUCCGUGGAAAAAAGUUGCAACGAAUGACAAAGCUAGUAACCAUAAAUGGACAAUAUAUAACCAGCUUUUCUUUAAUGAUAAUAAAAUUUGCCACAAUAUUACAUUUGACAAAACGAAAAUUUUAGACGGCCAUCAUGUAAAAACUACAUUAAUUAACAAAAUACCAAAUGCAACUAUCGAUGACGUUAUUUAUUCUGGAAAUACAUCUUUUAUGAUCGAUAGAUCUUUUCCGUACUUGGGUUCUUUUUAUCCUUUUUUAAAUAUAACACCAGUUGCGUAUGUACUCCAUCCUAAUGUAGCUCGCGAUGCAAUGAAACAGGGAUAUCUAAAAGUAUUAGCUGACGGUAAUUAUGAUAUUAACGAACGUAGGUGGCUCAUCUCAAAUACAAAUUAUACACAUUCAGAAAUACUGACUCAGUAUUAUGAACUUACAUUUUCAAUCUUAACCCAAAAAAGGAGUUUUAUUUCAAUGGCCAAUGAGUUAUCCAAUAUUUAUAGUCUUGAAGUACUGAUAUUAUCAGCUGUAGUGUUAUUACUAAUUACGAUAAUAAUAACAAUAAUUAAUAAUUUUGACUUUGCACGAUCGUUUUUGGAUGUUCUUAGUUUGUCACUGAAUAUGGGAAUAUUGACGCCUCUCGAUAGGUUAUCGAUGCGCAUCAUUUUCUUUACCGGAUUUUUUUUUAUUUUUUCGAUGGGUCCAGAUAUUCAGGGUCAAAUAUCGGCAUCAUUGUCAGGACCUUCAACUUAUAAUAUCGAUACGUUACAAAAUUUGUAUGAUCAUAACUAUCACGUGUACUAUGAUCCAGACUUACAUGAGGAUAUUAUUAGUCAAAAUAUAUGGGUAACUGACGAUGAUAAUAAAUAUUUACAUCCAUGUGGUUAUAAUUGUUUAUUAAAAUGCAAUAAUAAUAUUGAAAAAAAUUCAACAUUCGCCUGUAUUUCUGAAACUACAUUGCAAUUAAAAAUCGCAAAAAAGUCAUCAAAUGUAUACUUAUCAAAUAAUCCUGUUUUUACAAAAUAUUAUGCCUACUGGACGCGGAAGAAUUGGGCGUUGAAAAAAAAGUUUGAUAAAUUCGGGCUAACUUCAUUUGAGAUGGGUUUUCUAAAUCGUAUGAAUGCAAGAAACGAAAAUCUUUUUAAAAAAAUUAAAAAAAUUGAAAGGAUUAAAAGAAAUAAACAGUAUGAUCAGAUCGUAAACGAAGAUUUGAAGUAUACUUAUAUAAUGGUCGGCGUUACUAUAAUCACGGCUUUAUUGGUUUUCGGCGUGGAAUUAAUGUUACGAAAAUUGUUUAGACCUACGAGGCCUGUGCAUCGACCUAUACCUAGACGGAUACCGAUAAAAAUGAAAAAAAGGAUAGCAUUUCCUAAAAGACGAAUCGUUUCUGUCAUUAGACAAAUGCGACGUCGUAAUUAAUUAUUGAUGAAAUUGUAUGCUAUUGUUCGUUUGGCUUUAACAAAUAUUUGAAAACUUUUCACACACUUUGCACCCUAACGGACCCAAAUUACGGUGGGUUUACCGUAAAUUACGGUAAUCCACCGUAAAAUACCGAUUUACCGUAAAUUACGGCCAAGCCACGGAAAUUUACGAUGGAUUUACCGUAAUUUACGGUAAUUUGACGUAAUUAAACGUAAUUUACGGUAAUACGGUAAUCCGCCGUAAAUUACGAUAAUUCGGUAAUCCACCCGAAUUUUUACGGUAGAUUUGCCGUAUUCUUCGGUCAAUUUACGGUAUAAAUACCGUAGUUUAGAAGAGAAACCCACUGCAUAUUACGGUAAUCCACCGUAAAAUACCGAUUUACCGUAAAUUACGGUCAAGCCACGGAAAUUUACGAUGGAUUUACCGUAAUUUACAGUAAUUUGACGUAAUUAAACGUAAUUUUCGGUAAUACGGUAAUCCGCCGUAAAUUACGAUAAUUCGGUAACCCACCCGAAUUUUUACGGUAGAUUUGCCAUAUUCUGCGGUCAAUUUACGGUAUAAAUACCGUAGUUUAGAAGAGAAACCCACUGCAUAUUACGGUAAUCCACCGUAAAAUACCGAUUUACCGUAAAUUACGACCAAGCCACGGAAAUUUACGAUGGAUUUACCGUAAUUUACGGUAAUUUGACGUAAUUUUCGGUAAUACGGUAAUCCGCCGUAAAUUACGAUAAUUCGGUAACCCACCCGAAUUUUUACGGUAGAUUUUCCAUAUUCUGCGGUCAAUUUACGGUAUAAAUACCGUAGUUUAGAAGA